GUGGAAUGUCAGUCUACUGAUUAAUGCAUUCAAAUAGUUGCAACAAAUGAACGCGUUUUCUCUUUUUAUCCAUCCCACACCCCCUUAUGCAUGAUAUUGCAACUCAGCUUCUCUAACGGCAACCUUCGGAAGAGUAAUAGAAGGACAUUGUGGUAAAUGUUGGAAGUGGAUAUUUCAAAGAAUUUAACUAGCGAACCGUUCCGUUUCCUUGAGCCUUCAACGUGAUGUGUCGAUUGGUAAAUGUUCGAUUUAAAAAAAAGUGAUUCUAAGUGAUAUUAUCGAAGAGGUCAAGUAGGGUAGUGAUAAUAUCGUAUUUAUUUCUACAUGAAUAUGAAAUAGUGCACCUAAUGUACAACUACAGCGUAAAAUAAACUAUAGCAAGAACCUACAUUUUCAAUUAUCGUUUUUUCGCAAACGGUACAAAUAAACGAUCUCAGACUCGCAAUUUUGCCGGUUCUCCCAAAGAUAUUGCCGACCAGGCCGUCGACGGUUGCAGUGCAGGCACAGCAUCACAGCAUUCGGCCUAAACCGGGCGCGCUCAUCGUUCGCUAUUAUUCAAUUGAAGUUCAUAAUCAAACCCCUGUUUCCCCCACCACGCCACUGCUCAUCGAGGAUCACUGAUCGUCGCACCAGACACCAGAUAGAGUUUUGUGAAGCUCACCGUAGUACCUUUAGCAUAAGACCGUAAAUGAGAUACACACUACGCACUUCCUCGCAUCUUUAGUGGAGACCUACAAAAAGUUGCAUCACCAACAUAGCAUGAUCACCAGCAAUAUGAUCGUUUAUGCUAAUGGUUAAUGUCGACUGAGGUCGCCCUGAAAGGAAAACUCGUUUCUUCUGUCGCUUGAAAAAUUGUUAACGUUCGCCGGUCCAUUCCGAAUAUGAUUUUUUUGACAACAUACAUCACAGAAGCUAUCAACUACACGAAUAACAUAGAACAUUAUUCUUCACAUAGGUGGGAAGAGGACUUGUUUUUGGGGUUUGCAUUACUGUUUUCCACACUUUAUGGAAUAAUUGAAACCCUUCAAUUAAACCUUCCAGUGCAUUAAUAACAUCGUGAAGCAACUACACAAAACCACAAAAGUGACACUCCCGUUGUAGUGCCAAUCGUUCGUCUGAACAGCCUCCAACACAGAAACUAUACACGAAAAAAAGAACAAUGGCCAGCAGUGCUAGACGGAAAGUCGCCGCCAGGUUACGUGUUACCGUGGCCAUCGUGUUCCUCCUGGGAACACAACUUGCCGCAAGUGUGCAAGCAAGUGAAGACGAAUUACCGGUCGUCAGUUACAUCAAUCGUGAAGCAUCGGGAAAGAAAAUUUUGCCUGAUUUUACAUCGAUCCAGCUUGGUGAAAGCGUUCCUGAACAAUAUCGUGCAGCAGCAAACAGGUUUGCACGAUUGUGGAAGGAACAUGUGACCGGAAUCAAAGGAUACGAUACGCUUAAAGAUAUCCCAUUUACGCUAAUAGUACCGGAUAAAAUAGACGAGACUGUUUUCGGUGGAAAUGAACCAAAAAUACGAGAAUUCCUUCUCGAGCACGUUGUUCCCGGGGCACUGGUAGAGGUGAAAGAUCAAAAUACCUACCUGAAUCUAAACCAGCAUCCAGUUCACGUGAAUCUAUCCUGCUUCGACAUGUUGAUGGCGUAUGAAAUUAAUCAAAGCGCUAAGGUACUCACCAAGCGCAACAUUACCGAACAUCUCAGUUUGGUGUUCAUAGUCGGCAACUUGACAGAAUCGGAUGUUCAUAGUUCGUCCACAAAUAAAUUCAAUAAACGAAAUAUUCAAGAAACAAACCGCUACAAUGAACCACAGAGGCUGGAAAUGAAAAAUGCCACCAAAGAACUUGCAUCAAGCAAAGAAAACAAAAUUGGACAACAUUUGAUGAACUUCCUGGCUGGCAUGAAAUCGGGAACCAAGGUUUUCCAGCACUUUCUUUCCAGUUCCAACCUAAGCAACCUGAUGGACGACAGCUCGUACAUGGUUUUCAUUCCAUCCGACACUGCGUUUCAACGGUGGCACCCCAUCGACUGGGGCUUCUAUCCAUUCAGUGUACAGGAGUUUACCGAAAUGGUUCUCCGUAAUCACUUCGUACGCACCAAGCAACCGCUUCGCAUGGCGGAUCUUCGAGUGAUCCAUACUGAUCAACGAUACAAAACCCUUGGCGGAGAGUAUAUUGUACUUAAGAACAAACCUUCUCCCAAUGUGAACAACGUUACCAUUUUAUCCGACUAUACCCUUUCGAAUGGUAUCGAAGUUUUCAUACUAUCAGAAGUACUCUUCGUUUCCGAAGCAGUGGUCUCACGGUUGCAUCAGAUGCACAAGGACAAAGAAACACCGCCCCUGUUGGCAUUCCCUUGGUUUGGCGCUCAGUUUUUGUCCCAUUCAUUCCUAGCGCUGGAACGUGACACACGGUUCACACAAAUUACUCGGUUUCUCAAUACGGCAGAAAUUGCACAGUUCAUUUCUGGCUCAAAUUACACCUUUUUCGUACCGACUGAUGAAGCGUUUGAACGGUAUAGUUUUGAUUUGCUUCCGGACAGUGUACUCGCUUCGGAAAAGGGUAUCAAAAUGUUGCUGAACCAUUUCAUUCGGGGCAGACUGUAUGAUCGCGAUUUAAAAGAUGGAGAAUUGAUUGACACAAUCGGUGGUAUGCCUGUAAAAAUUCAACGAUCGUUCGAAAACACUGUUCGGGUUAAUUCCGCCCGCAUUGUAGAAUCGGAAGUGUUUGUCUACAAUCUAGGAACAAUGUUCUACAUCGAUGAUGUACUGUAUACCGAUUUACUAAAGGAUGAAGUUAAAGCAAUUACAGAUCUCAAGAACGUGGAUAGGAAUGUUCCGGAAAGUAUUGGUGGAAGCGAUGCUUAUACAACGGAACAAAACCCACCAGUGACCGAUCGACCGACAAGUACCACGUUCCGAUCGUUGUACGGUCUGCUUACGACCAAUGCCGACGUUGAGCUAGUUCCUUUGGAAGUUACCGAAUCGAGCAAACGAAACAGUGACGAAGACAGCGCUCAGUUUCAGGAUGAUGAAAUCAUUACACCUAAAGCGCUUCCUUUGAGAUACUUCUACAACCCAAAGAAGUAGAUGUCACAUAUCAUGUAUGCUCCCAUUUUUUCGAUCAAUUUGUGCGCUCGCUCGACACCCAGUUUUAUGUCCCGCUAGCAAUGUUAUCAAUCUUCACGCAGUGUACAAUCUGCUCUAAGCACAUACAAUUUAGUAGACGGACAACAAAACUGUUCCGCAAAUGGAAUGUUUGCUACAUUCCUGUUUAGUUUCCUUAGAAAUUUUUGGUACGUUUUUCUGCCGUUCAUACUCCAUACGCAAGUAAAUAGAAGCCUAUUAGCGGUAUUAGUGUCUGAACUUUUAGAAACGAAAAAAAGUCAAUCAAUGAAUGAACUCGAUCAUUACAACAGUAGGUACACUUGAACGAUUAUUACCAGUAAAAGUUUGCAAACUUAAAACUUUAAUGAACAAUAGUGUAGAAUAUAUUACCAACAACUAGCAACCAACAGUAACGGUUAAUAAUCUGUAGAUUAUUCUGUAAAGUGAUUCAAGGAAGUAGAUUCAAAAGGCCUAUCGAUGUAAAACCUCACAAAUGAGGCGCAGGAAAGAUAUUAUGAAAUAGCAAAAACCAACAAUAAUCUGCUCGCCAGGUAAACGAAGCAUUUUAUAGUAGCGAGGCAGUAAACUGCUCAUUCAAUAAACAGUGCUAUUCCGUUACUUGUAACAUUUCAGCAAGUGUAAAUUGGACAGCAGAUCAGCAUUAUAGUACCCCGUUAAUUCGUGCCGAGAGAACAGAAUAUCAGUGAACUUCACACUCAACAAGGUACUAGAAACAGGCAUCUCAUUAAGUUAAGUGCAAUAGUAAUGCAUUGCAUCUUCUUCUUCUAUAACAACUAUUUUCUCUAUUUAUUCUAUUUAUUUCUGUACAAUUUGAAUUCUUUGUUGCUUGUUCGAAGCGAAUUUCUUUUCUCUGGUAUUUUUUUUCCUUACUGUGAUUCUAAAUAUUCAUUUUUUAUGUAUUGCAUGAAAUAUCUUUUUUCCGAUUCAAACAUCAAAAACAUAUCAAAUACUAAGUUACGGAAUAUCAAUUACCAUUAAGACGCAUCAUCAUAACAUGAUGUGUAAUGUUAUUUGCACAGUUUGAAUAAAAUCAUCAAAUAUGUCAAUAAACUUUAGUUACUUUGUACGAUUUUUAAAACAUUGGAAACAAGAAAUCAAUAAACAUUUAUGAAAAUAUGA